AUGUACCAAGGCCUAUUUUCUUUAACUUCUUUAACACUAUGUUUUUUUAUCUUCAUAAACCAACAAUCAUCUGUUUAUUCACAAUACGUCUCGGGUAAUUUUACUGAUGCUAUUCCUGACUUGCCUAAACCAAAAACAUGUAAAGACAAUGAUCUUAAAUGGAGAACAUAUGAUGGAAGUUGCAAUAAUAUCGAAAAUUCAAAUUGGGGUAUACCAUACAAUGCUUUUGAUAGAGGUUAUUUUCAACCUAACUACAAAGAUAAAUAUACUGGUGAACCUUGGUCAAAAAUUGAUACUAGAAUGAUCUCAAACCUUUUGGGCGAUAGUGGUCAAGAACCCAUACUUUCAGGAAGUCCAUUGAGUGACGACCUGCCGUCAACUGCAAGAAAAUCUAUAUUUGAAAUUUUUUUUGGUCAACUUGUUAAUCACGACAUAGAAGAUUCUCCGUUAAGCACUGUCUCGUUAGGAAUUUCUAUUGCAAAUAUAACAGAUGAUCCCGUACUUAAUACUAAACCAAAUAAUCCAUUCAAUCCUACAAAAACUCCUUACAUGAUAUUAUCCCUUUCGUUAGGUCGAAUAGUUGAUAACGUUUUCAUCCCAGUAGACUCCGGUAAUUCGUAUCUUGACCUAUCAAAUAUUUAUGGUGCAAAGAAAGAUAUGGCAGAUGGUCUUCGUACAAAGAAAGAUGGAAAAUUAUUGUUGGAAACUUAUUUUGGAAACGGUGGUGCUUAUAAUAAAGCUCUUACAAAUGUAACUGCUGAACGAAUGGCUCCAAGUCCUGGAAACACUAAUGUUUAUCCUAAUCUGUCGCCACCUUCUAUCAGAGCCAAUGAUGCCAUGGUUGCUGGUGAUACUCGUUGUUCUGAAAACAUCCAAUUAUGUAUCAUUACUACUAUUUGGAUUCGUGAACAUAAUUGGUGGGCGGACAAAAUUUUAAAUGAUGACCCAUCUUUGAAGGAUAAUGAUGAAGAAAUUUAUCAACGCGCUAGAAGGAUGACAAUCGCUGAAUAUCAACACGUUAUAAUUAAUGAAUAUCUACCUGCUGUACUUGGCGUUCAAGUACCUCCUUACACAGGUUAUAAUUCAUCUUUACGUCCGGAAACUUCUAUUCAUUUUGCCGGUGCUGCCUUUCGUUAUGGUCAUUCAAACGUCCGUCCUUAUAACAUCAUCGAUGGUUGCACGGGACAACCUAUUGAACUUCAUCCUGACUUUUCAUUCCCCAAUUCUCAUCCCAAUCGUCUCUUCUUUGUUGGCAAAUCUGUUCCAAUUCCACCUAUAGGAAAUUAUACUGCUCAACAGUUAGAUUAUACUCCUCUAAGAAUGUUGACUCUCGCUUCCGGAUCUCAAGGAAGUGGUUUUGAUAACAUUCUUGCUAGUAUGCUGAGAGAAACUGCCGCAAAGUUUGAUUUAAUGUUCACAACUGCAUUAAGAAAUAUACCUGCUCCUCUGGACUUGUUCGCUGUAGACAUUGGUAGAGGUCGUUUGCUUGGUCUCGCUCCUUAUGAUAUAUAUCGUGAAGCGUACCAUCCGAAAGGUGGUCUAUACAAAAACAAAGAAUGUGAAGGGAAUUCCGAAGUCGACUCAAUUGAAUGUUUUAAACUUAUAACGUCCAAUGAAACUGUAGCAACCAAUUUACAAUCAAUUUAUAAAAAGGUUGGCCAAAUUGAUGCAAUAGUUGGAAUGUUUGCUGAAGAUAUGGAAAGUCCAACAGCUCCAUUACCACCAACAAUUUCUGGCAUAAUAAUGGCUGAAUUUAUACGUAAAAGAAGUUCUGAUCGAUUUUGGUAUGAAGGUGAAACUUAUACUGACGAGGAGAAAUCAAUCAUAAUGAGCACUUCUAUGGGUGAUAUUAUCAUGAGAAAUACGAAUGUUAGGAAUAUACAAGUUAAUCCAUUUAAAUCUCCUGGUACAAAAGAUCCAUUAGCAACUGUGUUAUGUUCAGAGUCAACCUAA